CUUGGGAUGAAUGAAGGCGCUGAGUGCAGGUUGCAAAGGAUCAACAGUGAUGAUGACUGAGUGUACAAGCCUUCAGUUUGUCAGCCCAUUCGCUUUUGAGGCAAUGCAGAAAGUGGAUGUUGUUCGCCUGGCAUCUUUAAGUGAUCCAGAACUGAGACUUCUCCUGCCUUGUUUGGUGCGGAUGGCACUUUGUGCUCCUGCUGACCAGAGUCAAAGCUGGGCUCAGGAUAAAAAACUUAUCCUUCGCCUUCUCUCUGGGGUGGAAGCUGUCAACUCCAUUGUUGCAUUGUUAUCUGUGGACUUUCAUGCUUUAGAACAGGAUGCCAGCAAAGAACAGCAGCUUAGGCAUAAACUUGGAGGAGGCAGUGGAGAGAGCAUCCUGGUAUCACAGCUUCAGCAUGGACUGACAUUAGAGUUUGAACACAGUGAUUCACCUCGUCGAUUGCGUCUAGUGCUUAGUGAACUGUUGGCAAUUAUGAACAAGGUGUCUGAGUCCAAUGGAGAGUUUUUUUUCAAGUCUUCUGAGCUGUUUGAGAGUCCAGUCUAUUUGGAGGAAGCUGCAGAUGUACUUUGUAUUUUACAAGCAGAACUCCCUUCCUUGCUUCCUAUAGUUGAUGUAGCUGAAGCCUUGCUACAUGUUCGAAAUGGUGCCUGGUUCUUGUGUCUGUUGGUGGCCAAUGUUCCUGAUAGUUUUAAUGAAGUUUGUAGGGGCCUGAUUAAAAAUGGAGAACGACAAGAUGAAGAAAGUCUUGGAGGAAGGCGCAGGACAGAUGCCUUACGCUUCUUGUGUAAAAUGAAUCCUUCUCAGGCUCUCAAGGUCCGAGGCAUGGUGGUGGAAGAGUGUCACUUGCCAGGCCUUGGUGUGGCUUUGACAUUGGAUCAUACUAAAAAUGAAGCUUGUGAAGAUGGAGUGAGUGACUUGGUUUGUUUUGUUAGUGGUUUGCUUCUUGGAACAAAUGCAAAAGUCCGGACUUGGUUUGGAACCUUUAUCCGAAAUGGACAGCAGAGGAAAAGAGAGACCAGCAGUUCUGUCCUUUGGCAAAUGAGAAGGCAGCUUCUUCUGGAAUUGAUGGGCAUUCUUCCCACAGUAAGAAGUACCCGAAUUGUGGAAGAAGCUGAUGUGGACGUGGAACCCAAUGUGUCUGUGUAUUCGGGGCUGAAAGAAGAGCAUGUUGUGAAAGCCAGUGCACUCUUACGUCUGUACUGUGCUUUGAUGGGGAUCGCUGGACUCAAUACACCUGAACAGGAGCAGCUAAUGGUGGUGUGGCUAAGUUGGAUGAUAAAAGAAGAAGCCUAUUUUGAGAGUACUUCAGGUGUCUCUGCCUCUUUUGGGGAGAUGCUAUUAUUGGUGGCUAUGUACUUUCACAGCAACCAACUCAGUGCUAUCAUUGACUUGGUCUGUUCCACUUUGGGGAUGAAGAUUGUAAUUAAGCCAAGCUCCUUGAGCAGGAUGAAGACCAUCUUCACACAGGAAAUUUUUACUGAGCAGGUUGUCACAGCUCAUGCAGUUCGAGUCCCUGUCACCAGCAACCUGAGUGCCAACAUUACUGGGUUUCUGCCUAUUCAUUGUAUUUACCAGCUUCUCAGGAGCCGUUCCUUUACCAAGCACAAAGUAUCAAUUAAAGACUGGAUUUAUAGACAGCUCUGUGAAACCUCCACUCCACUCCAUCCUCAACUACUUCCUCUGAUUGAUGUGUACAUAAAUUCUAUACUCACUCCUGCAUCUAAAUCUAAUCCAGAGGCCACAAAUCAGCCAGUCACAGAACAGGAGAUACUCAAUAUUUUCCAAGGAGUCAUUGGGGGUGACAAUAUCCGCCUUAAUCAGCAUUUCAGUAUCACAGCACAGCUCUUGGUGCUCUACUAUAUACUGUCGUAUGAGGAAGCUCUCCUAGCAAACACGAAGACUUUAGCUGCCAUGCAAAGAAAGCCCAAAUCAUAUUCAUCUUCUUUAAUGGAUCAGAUUCCUAUCAAAUUCCUUAUUCGACAGGCUCAAGGGCUGCAACAGGAGUUGGGAGGAUUGCAUUCAGCUUUACUACGUCUCCUUGCAACUAACUACCCACAUUUAUGUAUUGUGGAUGACUGGAUCUGUGAGGAAGAAAUCACAGGGACUGAUGCCCUGUUAAGGCGAAUGCUCUUGACGAAUAAUGCCAAAAACCACUCUCCUAAACAACUCCAAGAAGCAUUUUCAGCUGUUCCAGUAAGUCACACACAAGUGAUGCAGAUUAUAGAACACUUGACUCUACUGUCAGCCAGUGAACUAAUACCAUAUGCAGAUGUAUUAAUAUCCAAUAUGAGCCAGCUAUUGAAUUCAGGUGUUCCACGGAGAAUUCUUCAAACAGUCAAUAAACUAUGGAUGGUUCUUAAUACUGUGAUGCCUAGAAGGCUGUGGGUAAUGACAGUUAAUGCACUUCAACCUUCAAUAAAGUUUGUACGACAACAAAAGUAUACUCAGAAUGACCUGAUGAUAGAUCCUCUCAUUGUCUUAAGGUGUGAUCAAAGGGUUCACAGAUGCCCCCCAUUGAUGGAUAUUACUCUACACAUGUUGAAUGGGUAUCUUCUUGCAUCUAAAGCCUACCUUAGUGCUCAUCUGAAGGAAACAGCAGAGCAAGAUAGGCCUUCCCAGAAUAAUACAAUAGGUUUAGUUGGACAAACUGAUGCUCCAGAAGUUACCAGAGAAGAAUUGAAAAAUGCAUUGCUGGCUGCUCAGGAUAGUGCAGCUGUCCAGAUUCUCUUAGAGAUUUGCUUACCUACUGAAGAGGAGAAAGCAAACGGUAUCAAUCCAGACACCUUGCUAAGGAAUGUUCAAAGUGUUAUUACCACCAGCACUCCAAAUAAGGGGAUAGAGGAAGGAGAAGACAAUUUGCUCUGUAACCUUCGAGAAGUUCAGUGCCUUAUCUGUUGUCUGUUGCACCAAAUGUACAUUGCAGAUCCCAACAUUGCUAAGCUUGUUCAUUUUCAGGGUUAUCCAUGUGAACUUUUGCCUCUGACAGUCGCAGGUAUUCCAUCUAUGCACAUCUGUCUGGAUUUCAUACCUGAGCUUAUUGCACAGCCAGAACUUGAAAAACAGAUAUUUGCUAUCCAGUUGCUUUCUCACUUAUGUAUCCAGUAUGCAUUACCAAAGUCACUUAGCGUGGCUCGUUUAGCUGUAAAUGUCAUGGGAACUUUGCUAACGGUUUUAACACAGGCUAAGCGGUAUGCUUUUUUCAUGCCAACUCUGCCAUGUUUGGUCUCUUUUUGUCGAGCAUUUCCUCCACUGUACGAGGAUAUUAUGUCUUUGCUGAUCCAAAUAGGACAAGUUUGUGCCUCUGAUGUUGCCACUCAGACAAGAGACAUUGAUCCAAUUAUUACACGUCUUCAACAAAUAAAGGAGAAACCAAGUGGAUGGUCUCAAAUAUGUAAAGAUCCGUCUUACAAAAAUGGAUCCAGGGACACUGGGAGUAUGGAUCCCGAUGUACAGCUCUGUCAUUGUAUUGAAAGCACAGUAGUUGAAAUAAUAAACAUGAGUGUUACUGGAAUUUAAAAAAAUUUAAAACAAAGAAAUGAAGCUGUUUGCUGCAUAUACCCAACAUGAAUCUGCAUCUUAUAACAACUCUAAACUGAAAUGGGAACAGUAAUAUCUUAGAAUCAUUAAAACAAUUCAGUUCAAUAUGAAUAUAAUUUAGAACUCUGAGAAUUAUGCUUGCAUGUAUUUGAUUGGUACACCUUUGGAUCUACUUUCCUGGUAUGUUUAUAUUGUAGCAGCUGAGAUUUUUUUCCACUGGGAACACAUUUAAGAGACUCAUUACAGGGAAUUUGGCCUUGUAUUUAGCUUUUGAAGUGAAGAAAGACUGCCAUGCCUUUCAUUUCUUGUACAGAUGAGCCCUAGUAGUGUUUAUUUUAAUUGUGAGCUUGUAACAGAGUUCAAAAAAGAUGCAAUGAUAGGAGGGAGAAAAAGGUAUCAAGAGAAAGGAGAGGGGCCGGGCGUGGUGGCU